AUGAAGAGGAAUAGCAAGGGCCUUUCGAUGGCCACGUUAUACGUUAUUUCGCUCGUCAUCAACAACACGCCGCCGGCACUCUGGAAAGUGCUGACGCUGGUGAUCGAUGUGGUGUUUUUCUGGGUCAAACGGCUCAUCAAACUCGUAAGAGACUCGCCAAUCCGCGACCUAAAACGGUCCCUGCAAACGUGCACGGAUUUCCACGAAUGGGAGAUGAUCACGUCGGAGAUCGACCGGCUGAACGGCUACGACGUCUGGCGACAGAACUUCAUCUCCAAAAAGUACGACUACAGACUCAUAAACGAGCGUCUGCACGAUCUCCGUCUUGCUAGGAUAUAUAAAGACCCGCUCAAGGUGAUGGGGAUUUUGCGCUCGAGCGUGCUGAGGAACUUUGGCGGGAUCUCAAACAAACAGCUGUACAACAAGUCGUACAUUGGCACCAAGAUCCUGAUUGAAGACUACAUUGAAGAGGUGCUAAAAUGCUUCCAGUUUAUAGACGAGUGGCAGUUGCGCGACCAGACCAUGGAGCAGAGCUAUUUCAACCAGAUGAAACUGGAUUUUUUCCACGACUCGCGACAGACUAUAGGGGUCACGGCUCUGAUAUUACAAGGAGGCUCUCUCUUUGGGCUCUGUCACUUGGGAGUCAUCAAGGCACUAUACUUCAAGAAUUUGCUGCCCAGAAUAAUUGCUGGCUCUGCGAUCGGCGCCCUGGUCGGCGCAUUGAUAUGCUGUCUGGACGACACUGAAGUGGAGGACAACCUCAAUAAUCUAGUCAAGCUACUCCCAGAGGAUAAAGUCGACGGAAACAGCCACCAUGUAAUCGGCUCUGUCAUCAAACGCGGAUACAGCCAAGACAUGCUGCUGUUCAUCAAGUAUGUGGAGUCCAAGGUCGGAGACCUGACCUUUGAAGAGGCGUAUUUGAAGACUAACAGAAUUCUCAACAUUCUCAUCCAUCCAACAGAGAGCUGCGUGCCGUCGCUUCUAAACUAUGUUUCCACGCCCAACGUCACAAUCAAGAGCGCGAUUUGCUGUUCCAUCGGGAAUGGCGUCCUGGACGAGGAUGUCCAGCUCAAAUACAAGACCGCAGACAACGAGAUCAAAACCUUGACGUUUCUAAAACGACAUUGCGAGUAUCUGUCGCCACACUACACCAGCUCGAUCAACACGAAGUCGUUCAAACCAAUCUCACCCUACACCAGACUCACAGAACUAUUCAACGUCAAUCACUUUGUUGUUUCUUUGGCCAGACCGUAUCUUGCGCCGCUCAUCGGCAACGACCUCAAACACUCGCCAACGUCCUGGCAACUGACCAACCACAUCAAAAACCUGAUAAGUCUGGAGUUCAGACAUAGAGUGGAAGCUUUGGAGAAAUUCGGACUGCUCCUGGGUUUCCUUAGAUGGCUGGCCGUGGACGAGAAAACGCCCCGGUUUGAAAACAGCGAGAUCACAAUCGUCCCAGAGCUCAGAACUCUUAUCAAGGAUUUCAGCCGUAUUUUCGACAUCAACGAGUACCAGAAGAAUAUUCCCUACUGGAUCCAAGUUGGAGAACGGUCCGUUUGGCCCCUAUAUCCGUUAUUGGAGACCCGUUGCGCUAUUGAGUUUGCCCUGGACGAUUAUUACAAUAUAUACAGAAGCAAGUAG